UCCUUCCCUCCCAUCAUGGCCGUGUACCGCGUGUGUGUGGGCACUGGUCCCUACCUGAUGGCCGGCACACUGGACAGCAUUUUUGUCACACUGGUGGGCACAUGUGGUGAGAGCCCCAGGCGGCGGCUGGAUCGCGUGGGCAGGGACUUCGCCCCUGGAUCGGUGCAGAAGUACUAGGUACGCUGCUCAGAGGAGCUGGGGGAGCUCUUGCUGCUGCGGCUCCACAAGGAGCGCUACGCUUUCUUCCCCAAGGACUCCUGGUACUGCAGCCAUAUCUGCGUCACUACCCGCGGUGGUACUCUUUGCCACUUUCCCUGCUAUCAGUGGAUUGAGGGCUACUGCACCAUAGAGCUUCGACCAGGAACAGCAAGAACUAUUUGUCAGGACUCCCUUCCCCUCCUUUUGGAUCACAGGAAAUGGGAACUCCAGGCCCGACAGGAAUGCUACCGCUGGAAAGUCUACGCCCCCGUCAGCAGCUUUGAGGAGGUGGAGUCAGAUAAGAAAUUUGCUUUGAUCAAGACGGUGCCUGGUGCAGACCAGGGCGACAGCAGGGGAAACAGGUACUUGCCCUGCUUUCCUAUGAAAACUGACAUCCCGUCCUUGCUGCCCACGGAACCCAAUAUUCGCUACUCGGCCACCAAGACGACCUCGCUGCUCUUCAAUGCCAUCCCUGCGUCCUUGGGCAUGAAGCUUCGAGGGCUGCUGGACCGCAAGGGCUCCUGGAAGAAGCUGGAUGACAUCCGGAAUAUCAUGUGUUGCCACAAGACCUUCACCUCAGGUGUGCAGAGCCAGGCAGAGAUAGUUCUGGGCUUUGGGGCCAGACUUUGGUUCAAAUCCCUGCUCUGCCACCCAACUGAGCAAGUCACUCUACCUCUUCGAAUUUCGGUGUCCAGUGGGGCUGCGGACUACUGGAUCCUGGCAGAGGUCCCCGUCCACUGCAUAAACGGCCGUCCGCAGUAUGCGGCCUCCCCGCUCUGCCCGUUGUGGCUCAACCCUCAGGGGGCGCUGGCGCCCUUGGCCAUCCAGCUCAGCCAGACCCCCGGGCCAGACAGCCCCAUUUUUCUGCCCACUGACUCCGACUGGGACUGGCUGCUGGCCAAGACGUGGGUGCGCAACUCUGAGUUCCUGGUGCACGAGAACAACACGCACUUUUUGUGCACGCAUUUGCUGUGCGAGGCCUUCACCGUGGCCAUGCUGCGUCAGCUGCCGCUCUGCCACCCCAUCUACAAGCUCCUGCUUCCGCACACUCGCUACACGCUGCAGAUGAACACCAUCGCACGGGCCACGCUGCUCAACCCAGAGGCCCUUGCGGACAAGGUCCCGUCCAUCGGGAGGCAAGACCUCCUCUACCUCAUGAGCACCUGUCUGGCCCACGUUACCUACACCAAUUUCUGCCUUCCGGACAGCCUGCGGGUCCGCGGCGUCCUGGAUAUCCCCAACUACCAUUACCGAGACGACGGCCUGAAGACCUGGGUGGCCAUUGAAAGGUUUUUGUCUCAAAUCCUGGGCUACUAUUACCCCAGUGAUGCGUCUGUGCAGCAGGAUUUGGAGCUGCAGGCCUGGGUAGGAGAGAUCUUUGCUCAGGCGUUCCUGGGCCGGGAAAGCUCAGGCUUCCCAUGCAGGCUGUCCCCGGGAGAGCUGGUGAAGCUCCUCACUGCAGUCAUCUUCAACUGCUCCGCCCAGCACGCCGCUGUCAACUGUGGGCAGCAUGACUUUGGGGCCUGGAUGCCCAAUGCCCCGUCAUCCAUGAGGCAGCCCCCACCGCAGACCAAGGGGACCACCCUGAAGAGCCACCUAGACACCCUCCCGGAAGUGAACACCACCUGUAGCAACCUUCUCCUCUUCUGGUUGGUCAGCCAAGAGCCCAAGGACCAGGUGUGGGGGGUUUUCUCCCAACGGCCCCUGGGCACCUACCCGGACGAGCACUUCACCGAAGAAAGGCCGCUCCGGAGCAUCGCCAUCUUCCAGAGCCGCCUGGCUCAGAUCUCGCGAGACAUCCGGGAGCGGGAGCGGAACCGGGGCCUGGAGCUGCCCUAUAUCUACCUGGACCCUCCCCUCAUAGAGAACAGCGUCUCCAUUUAACCCCUUCCUCCUACCGCCCGGAAAGCCCAAGCGUGAGGAGGCCCAGCUUCCCAGGGUCCUCAAGGCCCUUCCAUCUUCCCUGUUCUCGGUCAGCCUGGACUUUCUCCUCACGUGGGGACCUUUUCCACCCACGGUGGCUCUAGCAUCACAUGAACUGGGCCCUGAGCUGCCAGUACAGCGGUGUCCAGGGUGAGAAGUCGCUGGCUAAAGUCAAACGCACAACAGGCCCUUCAAAAGGAAGGAACCCCAACACCCCUUGCCCUACUUUGGGCAGGCUCCUGUGAAAGCCUAGCCUACUCCCGCCUUCUGUGAAAACUCUUCCUCCUCCCAUUGGGACCAGGUUGGGACUCUGAGGGCGCCUUCCCAGUCCUCCCCAUUCCAAAACUCCUUCUCCUACUUUGCCUCUUUGUUUCCACUUUCCUCCCAUCCUAGGACCAACCCAAUCCAACUUCCUUCUUCAGAAGAGCCUGGAAACUGGACGAGGAAGGAUGUGUGCCCUGGAUCUGUCAUGUGGUCCACUUUGACCCCAGCAUCUUUAGGGAGAGGGUUAGAAUUAGAGCCCAGCUUACCUGUACCUCUAGCUGUAGUUUUCAGGGCCAGGCUCCCUGGCUUGUGUGUGCGUGUGUGUGUGUGCGUGUGUGUGUGUGUGGAGUCUCUCCCCAGCUCUUUCCUAUCCCCACUAUCA